AUGCAGAAAACUCCCAUAGUUUUACAGAAGAACAGGAACUUUGAUUAUAUAAUUCACCAUUCACUUAUGUCUAUGUAUCCUAAUUCUGAGAAACUUGUCUUUGAUACCUUACAUUAGUUCUUUGCUUAUAUUACUACUCUGCUAGCCAUGUGGGUGAAUGGAAGGCAUAGGCUAAUCAAUUGCUGAUUUUGACAGUCAUUUCUAUUUGCAGAUUAUUUAUGUCUGCCACGAAUUUUAUGAUCAUUAUGAUCAUCCUGUCACUGCUUGCAUCACUUUGACCAGUGAGUUUCAAGACAAGCAAAAGAUAAUCACUAAAUUCAUCUUUUUACCAUCUAAAUAUACACCAUGUUUUGUGUGCUGUAAUACUGCAGAUACGUAUACAUCACAUCAAUGGAAAAGAUGUUUUGCAAUAUCUUGUGUCAUCUAGAUCUUUCAGCUGUUGGUUGUUGCUUCCUUUUCAGCUUUGAUGCAGAGGUUGAUGUCACAGGCAGUGAAGUAACAACUGUUGAUGAGAGGAGUUUCGUUGUCGAGAAAGGAGAGGUUUCUAUUUUAGACAAUAAGGAUAAGCAAGACAGUGAUUCACAGGGCAACACAAGUAGUGACAGUGAUGUGAAGUUAAAAUAUGAACGGUAAAUAACAGCUAUCAACACCGCAAUUACAGAGGUGCUGAGUUGCAUUAAUUGUGCUAUUAUAAGUCAAAUUAAGGCAGUCAGUAACCCAGAAGAACCACCCACUAUGGUGUUUUCCAGCAUUGCUGACCUUCCAGCAGAAAAUAGAGGGAAAAUCAGGCCUUGUAUUGCUUGGGCUGUUUCAAGAGAACGGGAAAAAAAUAGAAAAGAAUUUAGACGACAUGUUAAUGUGGAAGAUGCCAAAAUGUGUGCUUUGACAAACAAGAGUGGUAUGGAUGCUAUUCACAGUUGUGAUUACACGACUUGUGUCAUAGUUAUACAAAUCAAUGCCCCUUUAUUUUCGUGUUACAUGAGUGUAAGUGUUCAGGUUAUCUUUUAUUCAGACCACCAGGGAUGUGUGAGGGCCGUUAACAAAACCCUGAUCAGAUUGCUUGGCGGAUCGGAUCACAGAUCGGAUCAGACUGGCAUUCAGCUUAAAUUCCUGCCAACAUGUAAUGUGAAUAGUUUUGUACGAUGGCCCAGGAGGUCACAGUCCAGUAUUUGUUUUUGACAGUCCAGUUAUGGUUUUACACAGUCCAGUUAUGGUUUUACACAGUCUAGUUUUAGUUUAUACACAGUCCAGUUUUAUUUUUCUUACACAGACCAGUUUUAUUCUUUUACACAGUCCAGUUUUAAUUUUUCACAGUCCAAUUUUAUUUUUUUACACAGUCCAGUUUAAUUUCUACACAGUCCAGUUUUAAUUUUUACACAGUCCAGUUUUAAUUUUUACACAGUCCAGUUUUAUUUUUUUACACAAUCCAGUUUUAUUUCUACACAGUCCAGUUUUAAUUUUUACACAGUCCAGUUUUAUUUUUUUACACAGUCCAGGUUUAAUUUUUACACAGUCCAGUUUUAUUUUUUUACACGGUCCAGUUUUAAUUUUUACACAGUCCAGUUUUAAUUUUUACACAGUCCAGUUUUAUUUUUUGCGUGGUUACCAGACCUCUCUCUCACUACUGCAACACCUGUUAUCUAACGGCAGCCAUUUUGUAUUUCCUUGCGACGAUGGAUUCAAUCAUCAGGCAGGCUGUUCGAGUGGAACUGAGACGUUCAAGUUCUAGUCGUCCAGAAACUGCGUCUUCUACUAAUCAACAUGACCGGGGCAGAAGUGAAAACGAAUUGGAUGCAGCUGGAUCAUCACGAAGUUCGUUUUCAUCAUGAACAGUGGGCCGAUGUUUCUAAAACGAAGACCCAAAAACGAAGACCUAAGACUUAAGACCCCUUGGACUAAAACGAAGACCCCUGUGGAGUAAACUCUAAACACUUUGGAUGUGUUUACGGUGAUGAUGACGUCAGUUUUGUUUAAAUAAAAGUACAUUCGAGAAAGCUUUCGUAGUCUUGUGGUAACGUCCUUAGGUACAUCGGAAGGUCUCUCGGGAUCGAAUCUCGCCAAACGGAAGUAUGUUUUUCCUUUUUUUUCUUUCAUUUUUAUUUUGUUAUCAUUAUAACUGCUUGAGCCGUAAAAGAUAAGUCAUUUUUUACAAUAGAGGUCAGAAUAAAGUAACAGGGAUAUAAAUAUAACCUGGUAUGUAUACGAAUGAUCCUUGCUUGCAUGAAACUCGAAAUCUACACCUUUAGUAGAGUGAUUUACUGGAUCGACAGCUUUUUUUCGAUUGAUGAGGUAAAAAGUAAUAAAAAGAGCGCAAGGUUUCCCUCUUCUUGUAUUCAUCAUUGCUAAAUGUCUUGUUAUUUCCUCCCUACGCCGGUUAUUUUGUUUUGUAAAUGUAUUGAUCGAUACAAUUGUUCAACAUUUUAGAACGCUAGAGCACUCGGUUAUAUUUUCUUAGUGGUCGAUAGAAGAAAAGGUGGGUGAUAGACUUAUUACAAUUAAAUAGCACAGAGGAAAUUCCACAACACUCCUAAAUCGCCGUAAGAGUUUAAUCCACAGGGGUCUUCGUUUUAGUCCACGGGGUCUUAGGUCUUAGCCCAGGUGGGGGGGGGGGGAGUACUCGAUAUAUCCUUGGGUGUGGAGGUGCGGCCCGGCCCUUCAUACCCUGACCCUGUUUAAGACAAAAAUUGCAGAUUUUCCUACCCUGUUUAAGACAUUCGCACAACAUACGCGCAGGCUGUUUAUCGUCCAAGAAAAGAUACCCUGUUUAAGACAAAAAAUGAUAAAAUCGAUACCCUGAUCACGACAAAAAAUGAUAAAAUCGAUACCCUGUUCGAGACAAAAAUCCCGAAAAACGUACCCUGGCUGCCCGCACGUCCCCAUUAAGCCCCUAUAAGGGAGUACCCCCCCUCCCCCGGGGUCUUGGGUCUUCGUUUUAGAAACGGCCCAAAAAAAUACCCCAAACGGCCCAAGUCGGAUGUUAUCCACAAAUGGCCCACUGUUUGUGAUGAAAACGAACUUCGCGAUGAUCCAGCUGCAUCUGAUUCGUUUUCACUUCUUCCCUGAUCAUCAAAUUAAAACUGGACUGUGUAAAAAUAAAAUUGGACUGUGUAAAAAAAUAAAACUGGACUGUGUAAAAAUUAAAACUGGACUGUGUAAAAACUAAAACUAGACUGUGUAAAACCAUAACUAGACUGUCAAAAACCAAUACUGGACUGUGACCCUCCUGGGCCAUCGUAGUUUUGCUUGGGAUCGAGGGCUCAAAUUUAAUUUUUUUUAGGUAUGCAGAUGGGAUAAGCAUGUAAUUGCCAUUUAAUUUGACAGCAUGAGAAAUUAUUUUUGUGAGGCUUUUGAGAUUUCGGAAGUCUACACUGAAGUGCGUUUAAAAGAACUUAGCAAUAUUUGACUGAUUUUCACUUGAAGCACAUGACUUAAUGUACACUAUAUUGCUUUGCUGGGGUAGACACCUGAGCCUGGCUAAAUUUGUAUCAUAAUCAAAAUGUAAUUCUCUUUGCAAAGUUUUUAUUACAUUCGUUCAAAUAUAAGUUCCAUUGCAAUUUUUAUAACAAUGAUGAAAAAAGUUCAUAUCCCCUUUUGCUUUGAAGGUGUAAAGUUGUAGGCAAGUAACACAAAAGAGUUUCCAACAAUAAGCAAAAUAAGACUAUUUUUAACCACAACAUAAUGGCUUUUCUGUUUCUCAGUUGUAAUUUGAGCUGUUUUUCUUUUCAAGGUUGUCGAUCUGACUGUCAGACAGUCCGAAAAAGAAACCUGCUGGUGGAAAAAAGAUACCCAAUAG